GCUUUUAUAAAUCUGUAAAUAUUCAUAUACAUGGAUACUUGUAAUAAUGAUAUUCACUAAUGCAUGACAGAUAAAUAUAUUAAUUCAGACAUUAAUACAGAGGUUGCAAGAGCAACUGAUGACGUCAGUAUACUCAAUGAGCAUGUUUGCUCUCGGUUAGCACAUGUGUACAUCUGUAUGGAGCAUACAUUGUUACAGCAUGUUAUCUGUGUGCAUUCAGAGUUGCUUACAAUAAUGUGUGCAGAUACUGACUGUUGAACACACAUAGAUGCAUGCAUGCUCAGACAGUGCCUGUGACAUCAACCCUGACCAUUAUCACCAAUCUGGUAGGUGACCCCCCUGAAGUUAAGUCGGAUAUCAUCAGCACUUAAAAGUUACAAUGUGACCUUUGAUCUCUGAAAAGGCAAAGUACGUGGUAACUAUAUAAAUAUAAAAUGAAAAAUGAAAAGGCAGACAGUUGUCUUCUGCUGUUAUGUAACCAAUGAAGAGAGGCAAUAACUUAAAUGUAUGAAUAAAAGGAAAAGAAAUGAACUAGUGGAUUAUUGGAUACAAGACUUGUUAGUAAGUAAGUACAAACAUUAAUGUUUUUGAUGAAGUAGAAUAAUUGAAUUAUUUUAAUUUUUUGGGCACAAAUGUUUAUUAUAAUUAUUUAUUGUCACAUACAUUGCUUUGUGGAAUCAUUGUGCUCUGUAACAUUUGUUAAUGUAAGACAUAUUUUAGAAAACACAAUAUGUAUUGAUGAUAUACAACAUUAAUGAUAUGGUGAAUACCGCUAAAGUGGGACCCUUUAUCAUCUUGAAGUGUAUAUUCUUCCGUUACGGAAGAUUACCAUUACACAUUAAUAUAAUAUAAUAUAAUAUAAUAUAAUAAACUCAAAAAUAUUUCUAAGAUUUACGCAUUUCAAUUUAAUAACAAAUUUACAUCAAAUUGAAUUGUGUAAUCUUUGACCAUAUAAAAAUAUUUUUUUUUAAUAUUUUACAUUUAUUUAAAUUUAGUUAAAUAUUACACAAUUCAAUAUGAUGGAAAUAUGUUAAUAUGCAUAAAUCUUAAAAAUAGGCUAAUAUUUUUUGGGGGUGGAUAAUAUAAUAUAAUACUUAGCAACAAUUAACAAUUAAAAUAAAACAAUAAAAACAUUAAAUAAAAAUAAACUUCAGAUCAGAAUUACCAUUUCGGCUUUUAGCUCAUUUAGGUUAAAAAGACUCAUAGAAUUGCUCAUCUUAUCAACAGUAAAGCAUUCUGUGUACAUAGAAACAAAGAAGGAAUCAGAAGAAAAGAGUAAUGAGAGAAAGAAUAGAGUGAGGAUAAACAGAAAUGACAGUGAGGGGGGAAGAGGUGAACACAAGAGAAUAGAGAGGCAGGUAUAAAACCUACAGACUGACUGAGCAUCAGAAAGCACACACACACACAUGAACACACACACACACACACAUCUAGAGACAGGAGAGAACAAGAGAAGAGGACAGAAAAAGGAAAUAACAGGAGGAGGAAAAGGAAGACUCUUAAAAGACAUGCAGCUAACAGAGAUGAGAGUUUUAUUGGCUGUGUUUUGUGUGGUUAGCAUCCUCCAGCCCUACCACAUGGUUUCCAGCAGUGGAGAAUGCUACUUCAAUGCAAAAGCCAGCUGUGAACACAAAGGCCAUGUAUUCGACAUUGGGGAGGCCUGGAUGAAUGACGAAUGCUUCCAGUGUGUGUGUUUUGAGCCUUUCGGAGUAGGCUGCUGUGAACAUGGAAAGCAGCCAGUCGAUUAUCCGCCCUGGUGUGAAGUCAUUAGAAAGCCAGAUUCCUGCACAGUUGCUGUGGUGAUGAAGGCCAAUCAUAAACUUCCAUGUCUGUUUGGAGGAAAGAACCGUUUGCGAGUGGGAGAUGGGUCACUGUGGAAAUCAGAGAAUGACCCACUCUUUUAGACUGCACUACUGAACUGUUAAAAAUGUGUAGGGUCUUUUACACAUACACCAAACACUAAAUAGCAGCUUUAAUUGAAAAAUAACUUAAUUGAUAUGCUCUCAUAACAUUCUACUAUGUUUGUUUGAUCUAUUUAAAACUACUUAAGAUGUUGGAAACUGUAUAAAGCUAUGUAUCCUAUGACUGCAAACGAAAAAGUAAAACUUUGAGUUGUUUAUUCCACAUAAAGCAAACAGUACAUGUAUAUCUGUAGAUAGAUAUAUAGAUAGAUAUCUCAGUAACUUCAAGAAAACACUCUUUGGUCUUUCAAACUAGAAACCACACUACAUAAAUAAAAAAUAUACAAAUAAUAAUUUUUAAAAAAUUCACAUGAAAAUGGGAAAGAGACACAGAGGCUCAAUGACAGUAAAAAUCAUGGGCUUUAUUUAAAAAAAGAAUUUAGCCAUCAUUACACAAGAUACAGAAAGUAACAAAGUGAUUACACAUCAUCGUGAGCUCUUUCCAGUUAAAACUAUUUGUUCACCCCUUAAAUCUAUAUACUAUUAUGUGUUACAUUUCUCUCCCAUUUACUGUGUUCAUAAUACAUAUUUAGAUCUGCACAGCUUUCUGGACCUUUCGAAUCUGACUGUGACACUGCUUUGAACUCGUGGUUAAAAAAAAAAAAAAAGAAAAAAAAAAAAGAAAAGAAAAAAAAGUCUAAUCUUCAACCUUUCUUCUAUGGGCAGAAUAUGGCUCUUUAAAGGAAACAAAAAAACCAAACCAAAACAGUUCACCAUUCAGAGUGAAUGAAGAAACCAUGACUUGGUCUCCUCUGCUCAAAGGAUUCCUACCAUAAGCCCACAACAGUGCAGCAUUUCAAAAUAGUGGUUUGAAAAGGUAAGGAUUUGUGUUAAAAUGCAUAGGGGGGUGGUGUUAUAUCCCAAAUUAACAAUACAUAUAUUACUUAAAAAAAACAAAAAAAAUAACUCCAAAAAGGAAGCAAAUGCUUUUAAUAAAAAAACAAAAACAAUGGUCCUCCCGUCAUGGUUGAGCACACUGCUACAGACCACAUGAUGUGGUUUUGGUCCCAAAACCUGUGACACCAACAGGCAGCAAAAACUUUUGCAGAAUGAUAAGAGUGAAGAGGUAGAAGAGGAUAGCAGGGAAGCAUCAGGCACCAACAAGAACAGCGGAAAUAUACUGAGCCAUAUCAACAGGAAAAAUGUAUAUCAUACUUUUUUUUCCAAGAUGGCUUUUACAGCACAAAAUUGCAUGUAAAUCUGCCUGCAGUAAGACAGGUAAAAAAAAAAAAAAAAAAAAAAAAAAAAAAAGAAAUAA